AUGAUGAGCGAAGCUGAAAUUAUUGACUUUGUUCCUCCCCAUGAUAAUUAUAAAAGUCUUUAUAUUUCUAACAUUUCUCCAUCACUGAAUGAGGAUGAAAUUUAUAAUAUUCUAUACAAAAAAUUCUCUGAAUUUGGUCUCAUCUAUGGAAUCCGUAUAUUCCCUGUGAUGAAAGCCGGUCUUCUGUCAUCAUCUUUGUUGUCUUUACACCAAAUUGAAUCAUCAUCAAAUACUGGAGAAACAUUUGAAAAAACUGCCAAACUCCCUGAAGAUUCCGAGAACAAUUCUGGAACCAGAUGUGUUCAGACUGUUUCUUGUUAUUACGCUUUUGUUAACUUUUACUCUCGCUUAGCAUGUCAAAAAGCUCGAAGGGAACUCUCAGGAAAUUUCUUCAUCAACGGGCAGCCAUCUAAGGUGAUUGGUGCAAAGCGUAGUAAAGUAAUGGAAUCUUUGCAAAUGUUGCCACUUGUUAAAUGCCAGGAAUUGGCUGGUUAUUAUCUUGGUUUUAAUGGAUGGUCUACAAGAAUAAAAUUGUUGAAAGAAAAUAUUGCUGAGGAUACAGAAGUUUCCAUUUUGAGUUCUUCCAAAAAACUGACCUUCUGUUGUUUGUCUGAAGUGGUACUUGAACAUCAUGGAAUUGUUUCUGAAGGAUUUGGUGCUUGGGAAGAGAGUUACACUUCAAAUGAUUCUUUAUCCAAAAUUGUGGCUUUUCAUAAAGCAAAAAAAAUCUCGUACCAAAGAUCUCUUCAAGAUGCUUUUUCAAAAAUUAUUUUGGUUGUCUUACCAAAUGGCAAAGUGGCUGCUGAACGGAAUUCGAGUAAAGUCGAUAUAUUUUGGCAAGAAGCGUCACUUUCUCCUGUUUUAAAGGUCAACCAUUUAGACUCUCAGCCAGAAAAUGAAGACAUUGAUUCUGAUUUUGCAGAUACUAGUGAAGAUCUUGAUAACAUUAAUAUUCAACUUCUUCAAGAACUUGAGGAAUCUUAA